AUCUGCUAUUCCGGUAAAGUCCAGCCAGCAAUCAAUCAUUUAAAGCAGUGUCAAUCACGAGGCGCAUUCAACGGCCAAGAUGUUCGGAUUGCGAUUGGCGGUGCUUCUCAAAGUAGGAGAGCUGAAAGUUGCGUCUUUGACGAUGGAAACAACAACGGAGGAGAGGCUCGGCGAGAUGCUGGCGAUCCGGCCACCAAGGCUGGAGGACGCCGGCCUCGAGGACUGCGCUCUUCCCCCGGAUGCGAUCAGAGAGGCCUUCGCUCGUGCCGCGGAUUCCCUCAAAUCUCGCCUCACCAUCGCCUCCGACGACGAUGAGAGCGAUGAUAAUGACGCCCAAAGGACUGACGAUGAAUCAGACCUCCAGACAGCAUCUUCUAGGGUUUUAGUUAUGGUUGGAGACGAUGGUGUUGUUGAAGAAGAGGAGAAGAAGGCAAAGGGGCUUCGAGAAGAAGAUGGUGUUGGGAGUGACGAUGUUGAAGACGAUCCUAAGCCCAAGGGCGAUCUAGAUGACUUUGAAUGUCGAUAAUCCUCUCACUUCCUGCACGAAUUCAUCAGUUCUUCUUCUGAUAUGCACCGCUGGUUUCAAAUGAAACAACAAUCUUUGCAGUAAAGUUCUUAACAUGUAUGUACACCUUUUACCUGCUUAAUCAGUUGAUGAACAUCGCAAAUGAUUAAACUCUUAUGAGAUGAAAAAGAUGAAAUUUCCCAUAUGUCAGACAUGAUGCUUUAUAAUUACUAGGCAAAUUCUCUUA